UCUGCGCUCCGCGGAAACUGCACAGUGCGCACGCGCAACCGGGGAGGGACGGGAAAAGGCUCCUACACUCCGCCCCCUUCCUAUCCCUUCCUUGAGAGCCAAUGGAAACUCUCAGUUCAGUUGCGUCAUUUGUCCUGGCAACUACUGGCAGAUUCUUUCCAACCUCGAAUUCUACUCAGCUGGCUUCGGCAGCUUGGUGGGCAGUGGGCGCGGGUGGCGGAGGCGAUUGAAGCUGCUGGCCCAGCAUGUGGUGCGCGAGCCCAGUUGCUGUGGUGGCCUUUUGCACCGGGCUUUGGGUCUCUCACCCGGUGCUGACGCAGGGCCAGGAGGCCGGGGGGCGGCCAGGGGCCGACUGUGAAGUAUGUAAAGAAUUCUUGAACCGAUUCUACAAGUCAUUGAUGGACAGAGGAGUUAACUUUUCGCUGGACACUAUAGAGAAAGAAUUGAUCAGUUUUUGCUUGGACACCAGAGGAAAAGAAAACCGCCUGUGCUAUUAUCUAGGAGCCACAAAAGACGCAGCCACAAAGAUCCUAAGUGAAGUCACUCGCCCAAUGAGUGUGCAUAUGCCUGCAAUGAAGAUUUGUGAGAAGCUGAAGAAGUUGGAUAGCCAGAUCUGUGAGCUGAAAUAUGAAAAAACACUGGACUUGGCAUCAGUUGACCUGCGGAAGAUGAGAGUGGCAGAGCUGAAGCAGAUCCUGCAUAGCUGGGGGGAGGAGUGCAGGGCCUGUGCAGAAAAAACUGACUAUGUGAAUCUCAUUCAAGAGCUGGCCCCCAAGUAUGCAGCGACACACCCCAAAACAGAGCUCUGAUCUCCAAUGCCAGCACAUUUGUGACUUGUAAUUAGAGAGAAAAGUGACUCUCUAGGAUAUGGACAUGUUGAUUAAGGAUAACUGGGAAUGCAUCAUAUUUGGUCUCAUGCUUUUUGUGUUGGUAUUAUUCCUCAGAAUUUUGUUACGUGGGUUUAUGAGUAAAACUAAUACUACUGAUAACUUA